UGGUUGGGUGCUCCCUCCUGCCAGCGAGGCAGCUACGCCUUCUACAAGUCGGUGAGCAGCAGAGCUCAGCCCGAUGGGCCCGUCCAGGUCUGGAGGCUCGGGGAGUUUUACCUUAUCCGCUGUGGGCCGCAGGAUCCCGUGUGCAUCGCUGAGGUGACCUUACUGUGGGAAGACCAGACCCGGAGCCACCUUCUGUCCAGCGCCAGACUCUACUUCUUACCUGAAGACACGCCAAAGGGCCGGACCAGGGAGCACGGAGAGGAUGAGGUGUUGGCCGUGUCCAGGAAGAUGGUGCUGCGGGUGGAGGACCUGGUGAAAUGGUCGUGUGCGGAGCCGACAGGUUGGAGUAGCACUUCAAAGCUGACGCCGCCCUGUGGAACCAACGGCCUCCACAAACCUCCGCAGAGCAGCGAUGGCAACGUCAACACUUUACUGGACAAGAGCAUCGAGCCGCUUCAAGGAAAAGCUGAGAAGGGCCCGUCGGACCGUCAAAGCAUCAAAGUGCUCAGCUACCCGCAGUACUGCCGCUUCCGCUCGCUGCAGAGACGCAUCCAGGAUGGUGCGAGGGGGCCGGGGCUGCAGGACCCCCACCUGUUGGCCCUGGGCGGCGUCAGGGCGCUGCCCAGCAUCCGGCUGAUGUACUGCAGGGACACGUUCAACCACCCGACACUGGAGACCAGCGCCAGCUUCUCCUGGCAGUUCGGAUCUCCGUCUCUCAGUCUUCGAGGUCGACCCCGAAAGAGGAGAGGUCACGACGGCAGAGACUCUCCGAACUCCAGCCAGUCAGAGUCGUGGCUGGAGAGGAUGAAGGAGAACGUGAUGGGCAGCGUGGAGGUCGGCUGCGAGGGCGACUGGCUCCCUCACCCUGAGGAGCAGCUCUUCCUGGAUCAGCUCUACGCCUUCAUGGACCGUCACGGCUCGCCCAUCCACAAAGUCCCCAACCUCGGCUUCAAGAAGAUCGACCUCUUCCUCAUGUACUCUGUGGUCAAACGGCUCGGAGGCUACAAAAAGGUGACAAUGGACAGACUCUGGAAAAUCGUCUAUAAUGAGUUGGGAGGGUGUCCUGGAAGCACCAGCGCUGCCACCUGCACCAGAAGACACUACGAGAGGUUGUUGCUUCCUUAUGAAGAGCAUCUCAGAGUGGGAGGAUCUGAAUUCAAAAUCCCAGAAUCCCCCACUCCUCCGAAACCCCGAGGGAUCAGAGGAAGGAAACCACUUCAGAGAGGGAGAAAACCAGGACCCAAAGCAAAGGAGAAGAUCACAACCCCCACUUCUCCUCUUCCAUCAACUGUUCCUCUUCCUCGUCUCCCUCUUCCUCGCCUUCCUCCUCUUGCUCAUACAAACCUGAACCCGAACGGCUCCAUGGUGGUGAAGAGAGGCCGAGGCCGACCGAAGGGAACACGCAACAAGGCCACGCUGAUCGCUCAGGCCAAGCUGCUGGCUCUGCAGCAGACCAAACCCAAAGCAACAGCAGAGACUCUGCUGCUUCCAGCCAAAGGCAGAGAUGGAGCGACCCCCUGCAACACACACCGGACGACCAUCCUCCCCAUCAACAUGCCUCUCACCCCUGACCUCUCCCCCAUGUCGGCCCCCUUCCUCCCCAUCCAGCCCAAACCAAAGGAGCCGAACUUGGACAGAGGAGAGUCCGCGGCUCCUGCUCCCACCGUCCUCCUCGCCACUCUUCCUCGCCACUUUGUCGGAGGAUCGCUGGGCGGCUUCAGCCCCAUCAAGGGCGUGUGUCCUCUGGACAUCUUCAGGAACCGCAUCAGCCUUCAGAGGACCCCAGAGAGCCCGGCGCUGACGCCUCAGGACCCGGCCCAGCACCAGCCCACCAUCUUCACCCUGCAGCCCAAAAGUGGAAGCCCGGACACGCCUCAUCCCAGCGGGGACCAGCCUCAGCCCCACCCUGUCCACCAGCACCACAACCGCUGCUCCGGGUGUAACGUGGAUGACGGAGCCCAGAGAGGAGGCAGCCGGGACGCCAGGAGCCGGCCUCAGCUGCCUCCUCUCCGGGUCCUGCCUCUGAACCUGGACUGCAGCGUUCAGGUGUGUCAGCUGAUGAGGACUCGUCGUCUGGACUCGUCGCAGCUGCAGACCUUCACCCGCCGACUGUCCGAGGCUCUGUCCCAGGACCUGAGCGCCAAGCCCCCCUGCUCUCCCAUCACCCCUCCCCCCGAGCAGGCGCUGCCCCUCAACCUCAGCAAGCGUUUCGCGGUCAAGAGGCCCAGUACGGAGGGACCGGAGCCGUUCAGAGUGGCAAGCAAUGGAGACACGGAGCAACCGUUGUCCAAGAGACCCAGAGUCAGCUGCACGGAGCAGGCUGAGGACGUCACGUUGGACGGGAGGUCCAGCUCUGCAGGAGGUGGAGGAGAGACCGAUGCGGAGACAAAGAACCAGGAGGAACCCGCUGACCUGAGCUCGCCAAGCAGGAUCAGGGCCUUCCUGCUCGGGCUGCCUCCCUUCCAGGUGAAACUGGAGGAGGAUCUGAACGGGACAAUGUUCGGGAAAUUUCUUCCUCCGGGAUCCAACAGCGAAACUCAGCGGACUGAGACGGAGAAACUGGAGGGAGGAGUGGUGGUAAAGAAAGAAGUGAAGCAGGAGGAGGAGGUGGCGGUCGACCUGGAGCGACACGAAACGGAGAGAAACAACAAACAGACGUCUGAGCAGGAGGAGACAGGCCCCGCCCACUGUUCUGCCCCUGCGGAGCUGAUAAGCGCGGGGCCCUCAAACGCUAACACACACUGUUUUUAGCAGCGCUUGCUCUGUGGAAAUAUCAAACAGGAAACUCGCACACAGGUCGGAGAUUUACUUGUUUUUGGAAUCUGGGGUGUCGUUCUCACCUCCGGGGUUUUGGUGUUGGAAGCCGACGUCACCUCACGUCGACGUCUGAACACGCAGAGCGAAGACGUUUUUACGAGAACGUCUGGACUCACAACUUCUUUGUUUCCCCUUCUCCUCUCCUGUUUUAUCUCUGUGGUUUCUUUGAUUGAACUUUGCAGAGGAAAUUCAUGACAAUCACAAAUCGGCUCCUCCUCCUCUCUGUUCAUUUCUGUCUCGUCACGGAAAAACGAGAAGUAGGAGAGAGAGAGUGACUCUAACAAACACUGCCAUAACACAACUCUCCAUGACACUAGUAACUCCACUGUUCAAUGUUAAUAUUGAAUAAGAUCCAUGAUACUUAAAAUUAAAGUCAAUAUUGCAUAUAUGGGUGAUGCUAUGCAUCGUCGUAAUGAGCAUCUAGAGUGUACUGUAGUUCGCUAGUUUCAUUUUUAAAUUGUACUCUACUUCUGUAGAGAGAUAGUUAUUUUCUGAUAAAGUGUUUGGAAUGAAGAGCUCGUCGUCUUCACGUUAUAGCUCGUUCAGUGAAGCGUUUAUAGUCCGGCUCCUUCGUUCAAACGAUAUAAACCUUUCUUACACACACGUGCCUUAAAACGACCGGCGAUCGAUUCGCUCGCCGGCGUCACUCUCAUUCACUUAAAGUGAUACCUUGAUGUCCUUCACUCCUCAGCGUGGCUGCUCAUCGUCUGAGUCCCAAACAAAAACCUGCUUCAAACAUUUGAAAUCACAGCACAGACGCUCGUCAGUCAAAACCUCAAACUUAAUCCCAAACUCUCCAAUCGGAACGUUUCUGAUCUCAGUAUUUGAGCUCGUCCUUGUCAAGGUUCGAUACCCAGCCCUGCUGUUAGCAUCGUGUGGGCCACUGUGGCGUCACCAAAUGUUGCAUCGUUAUCCGCUGUUGUAGAGUUCACACAUGAACAUGUAGCCCAAACAUUCAGACUACCUCAGGUUCUUAAAGAAGAAUGUUCCACCAGCGUCGUCUGUGUCAGGGGGCGGAGCCUGGGCUGUAAACACAGUCAAACAUGGCGUUAGGAGAGGUCAGUGUUUCUUUUGUUUUUAUUUUUUAUUGUCAACAUUUUGGUUUCUCUGCUCGGUGACUCUCGAUCACGCCACUCGCUGCUGAAGACGCAAAAUUUAAAAUUAAAAGUUUGAAGAGGAAAUCGAGGUGCAGCUCGGGACUAUUUUCAGUGGCGGAUGAAUCCACAUUCGGUUUCGUAUAGGGACGAUGUGCUCAUUGGCCCAGCUCAUGUUUUUGAUCGUUAAUGGAAACAACAAACUGUAAAUAAAGAUGACGACACGUCUCCACUUCCUCCUGACGUGAAGAUGAAAUAUAUCACACACACACACACGCUGCCAGCCACCAGGGGGUGAUCUCGCUGAUUAAUCAUGUCGUCCAUCUUUAUUUACAAUCUGAUCUGUAUCUUGAAUCCAAAUGUUCGAUCACGUCGUUCGUAUUAUCAUGAUCUCGUCUUCUCUCCAUUCAGACCUCUUGUCUCAGUUUCACCGUCAGAUGUCGUUAGUGUCGGGUGAAGGGAAACUACGCUGCUAUGCCACGUAUGCUACUUUUUUUAAGACUGUACCAGGCUAACGGUUUCCCCCUGUUUCCAGUCUUUGUGCUAAGCUAAGCUAAUGUGGCUGAGAUCCGAUUAUUCCAUCUGAUGCUCACGUGAGUUUAUGCAACGUUCAGAUACAGAUUGUAUGUUUAUGUCGGGUGAAACUGAAGAAUCAAACCUGCAGCUUCUCUCCACUUUCAAUCACAUUCCUCAUGUUAGCUGAUCCCCUCGCAACUUCCUCUUCCCCGCCUCGUUCAGUGCCAACACAAACACGUCGACCCGCUGAAAGAACUCAAACGUCAAGGUAUCUCUUUACUCGCAGCCUUUCCUUCCACUCGUCUGUUUUCCCGCCACAGACGACGGUUCAGAUUUGCACACCUACUGUACCCGUUCGCUUCAUUUGGUAUUUUUACAUAUUUAUAUCUGCCAUGUUUGUUUUUUUUGUUUAUUUCCUUCUUGCCAAUGUUUUAUUUGACCAGAGUAGUGGAAUCAACCACGACACCGAAACCAUGUGGUGCUGUUUAUUCGUAGUUAUGUAGCUGUCGCCAUAUUGUUGCUGUUUAUUUUUUAGUUUUCUUGACAGCGCGUCAGUAAAUCGACUCAAACUUGUCUGAGCAGAUUUUUUUUUUUUUGUUUAGAGUUGAAAGAAAUUAUUUUAAAGAAUUUAAUGAAAGACGUCGCCGCAAAACUGCAGCUUUUAUUUUUUUCUGAGUGAAUGAUUCGAUACGAAGAUUAAAACAGAACCGAUUCACGAAAAGUACCAAAAACAACCAGAAAAUAACGUCUCUGAAGUCACAGUAAUGAUUCCGUUUAUUGAAGACAAGUCAGUUUCCGUGGUUACGUUUGUUGUUUCUCUGUAAAUAAAGAUGGACGACUUCCUCUGUUGUGUGAUCAUGGAGUGGACUGACUCGGUCAGUCUCAGCUGUCAAUCACGAUGUCUGAGCUUGUUUUUAUAACGUCUACUUUGAUUUUUUUUUUUUUUUUUUUUUUUUUUUCUGUCCAUGUCCAAUCUGCUAACAUGGAGGUUUAUGACCUAUACUGCAGCCAGCCACCAGGGGAGCAAUCAAGUAAAUUUAGCUCCUAUAUACAGAAGCUGUCAUGUCGUCCAUCUGUAUUUACAGAAGCUGUGACAAAGAGAAGACGACAUUCUGAAAAUCUUAAACUUGUAAACGUUCGAUCAACGUCUUUGUUUUCUUCCUCCUGUUUUUUUCAGUCGAGCUGUUUCCUCUUCCUGCGUAUUACGGAAUCGGUUUCGUUACGAACAAGCUGUUCCGAACGUUCACUCUCGAACUGUCGUCAUCAUAACGAGGGGGAGGCGCUAAAAUGUAUCGAGAUUUAAAAGUUUGGGAGAAGUGUCAGAGUUCCGACGUUAAGUGUCGGAACCCCCCCCCCCCGCCCCCCCCAGCCUUCAAACAGCUGUAAACUUAACGAACUAUUUUGUGCGUUAACUCUGAAGCUUCAGUCAAACCUCAGCUCCUCAGUCGGAUUCUCCUCAACGAUAAAAAAUCUACGUUUUAGUUUUUAUUUUCAUGCAUGUGUCUUUAUGUUAGCGACAUCGUGUCUUUAUGCUAAUGACGUUGUGUCUCUAUGCUAAUGACGUUGUGUGUUUAUUGUUACGACGUUGUGUCUUUAUUUCAACGAUUUCAUGUCUUUUAACGACGUUCUGUCGUUGUCGGGUGAAAGCGCAGCGGCGUCAUUUAACGGGGGAGGGGGUGUAGCGUAGAGAUGUUAAACCAGUACGAUGGGAGACGAAUAGUUUUUUUUUCUCUUCUUGCUUUUGGUUAUUUAAGCUUUAGUUUUUCAAGUUUUCUUUAGUUUCAAAUGUUUCUUUGUUCAAAUUUAAAUGUUUACAUUUGUUAUGCAUGUUGGACACAUUUGUUCUCUCCAGUGUUUUGCACACGACUUCAGCAUCAGUCCUGAACGGCACCGCUCGUCUGUGUGAAGACUUUGAAUCAAGUGCCUGAUCUUUAAACGUCACAGUUACAUGUGCUGGUUCGCCUUCGUGCCACGUUGACUUGAACAGCGCCCCCUGCUGUCGCACCUGUGUUGAACUGAAAGCGUCUGCUCGAGGACGCGUGGGCAGAUUUCAGCAGGAUGGAGCAAACUGGACCUAAAGACUAAAGACUGGGCUUGAGAACUUGAGCUUGUGAGCGAGUGGGCCAGCGUUUGUUGGUGUGAUGUCAGUGUUUGAUGUUCAUUAAGAGAAAUGAUCAAAUUAAAAAAGACGCCACAUGUGACAUUUUAACAGCUGUGAACGCGAAAAGAUGAUUUUUCUUUUCUUCUGCUCGACUGACUUCUGUACGAAUGUAGAAUAAUUCAGAUGUUUGUGAUUCUGUUCAUCAGCCGAGAUUCAGUCUGAGUUCAACGAUUAUUUAAAUUUAAUCUGAGAACGUGUUUUUCUUUAAACUUCUGAGCAGCCAUCCAAAGAUUUUUAGUUAAAAUCAUAAAAAUAAAGAAAUUCUGUUUAGUCCUUUAUUUGA